UAGAAGCGGAAGUUGAGACGAGGGGAAGGUGACCGAAUGGCAGAGAGCUGAACAGUCCUAGAAACACCAGAUUAUCACGGAUACAAAGCGAACAGAGCAUAUUAAUAUAGUUUAGUUGACAGUGUGAGAACCAUGGGAGCUCACCUGGUCAGACGGUACAUUACAGAGACCGACACCGAGCCGGACCCGUCCAGAAAAUACGAGUUCGACCCGCAGUUCGGCUUCCCGGAGAGGAAAGAGAGAGAGAUGGUAGCGACUCAGGAGCAGAUGAACUUGGCCCAGCUGCCUUUGGAGCAGAGGGACUACUGUGCUCAUAACCUCCUGAAACUCAUGAAGUGCAAGCGGGACAACUGGCCCAACUUCCUGGCCUGCAAGCACGAGAGACACGACUGGGACUACUGCGAGCACCAGGACUAUGUGAUGCGUAUGAAGGAGUAUGAGAGGGAGAGGAGGCUUCAGCUGAGGAAGAAGAGGGUUGAGGCCCAGGCUGAAGCUGCAUAAGCAGUACAUCCUGAUUUCUUCUCUGUAUAUACCUGCUGCUGUUCUCAUUAAACAAUCUUGUUUAAGCUCUACAA